GGCCUACGGCUCGGGGGCCGGCGGCGGCGCGGCGGCAGCAGCGGGGAGCUGGGGAGCGAGAAGCCGGGAGCGCGGGGCUCAGUCGGGGGGCGGCGGCGGCGGCGGCUCCGGGGAUGGCGGCGGCUCCGCUGCUGCUGCUGCUGCUGCUCGUGCCCGUGCCGCUGCUGCCGCUGCUGGCCCAGGGGCCCGGGGGGGCGCUGGGGAACCGGCAUGCGGUGUACUGGAACAGCUCCAACCAGCACCUGCGGCGAGAGGGCUACACGGUGCAGGUGAACGUGAACGACUACCUGGACAUCUACUGCCCGCACUACAACAGCUCCGGGGUGGGCCCCGGGGCGGGGCCGGGGCCCGGGGGCGGGGCGGAGCAGUACGUGCUGUACAUGGUGAGCCACUCGGGCUACCGCACCUGCAACGCCAGCCAGGGCUUCAAGCGCUGGGAGUGCAACCGGCCGCACGCCCCCCACAGCCCCAUCAAGUUCUCGGAGAAGUUCCAGCGCUACAGCGCCUUCUCGCUGGGCUACGAGUUCCACGCCGGCCACGAGUACUACUACAUCUCCACGCCCACCCACAACUUGCACUGGAAGUGUCUGAGGAUGAAGGUGUUCGUGUGCUGCGCCUCCACAUCGCACUCCGGGGAGAAGCCGGUCCCCACUCUCCCCCAGUUCACCAUGGGCCCCAAUGUGAAGAUCAACGUGCUGGAAGACUUUGAGGGAGAGAACCGCCAGGUGCCCAAGCUUGAGAAGAGCAUCAGCGGGACCAGCCCCAAGCGGGAGCAUCUGCCCCUGGCGGUGGGCAUCGCCUUCUUCCUUAUGACGCUCUUGGCCUCCUAGCUCUGCCGCACCUUGGCGGGGAGAGAUGGGAUGGGGCUGGGAAACAGCAGGGAGCCUCUGGCCUCUCCCAGGAAGCCUAGCCGUGGGGCCUAGACCCCUCCUCCGAUGGCUGGAAGUGGGGUCUGCACCAUACGUCUGUGCCCGCCCCUCUGCCCCCUCCCCCCAGGUAGGGCACAGAGUGGACCAGGCGCAGGGAUAGCCAUGGGUCCCAAGUGGCUUUGUGGCUCUGGUAAUGUUUGGUACCAAACUCGGGGGCCAUUAGGGGCAGUACUCAGGACUCCCUGCCCCCCUGGUACCUUUCUCUGACCCCUGGCGCCCUCCCCCAUUGUCUCCCUCCAGGAGACAGAUACGCCAGAGAGAGAGCAUAUGGAGUGUGGGAGGCACCCCCAUCUCUCUCUUCCAGGGGCAGAACGUGGGGAGGGGACUGGAGGGGCAAGGGGGUGGCACCGCCCACUGCCCCCUUCUCCGGUUUACAGCAAUAAGCACGUCCUCCUCCCCCCACUCCCAGUCCCAGGAUUGUGGUUUGGAUUGAAUCCAAGUUUACAAGUAGACACCCCUGGGGGGGCGGGCAGUGGACAAGGGUGACAAGGGGUGGGCAUUGGGUGCCAGGCAGGCAUGUACAGACUCUAUAUCUAUAUAUAAUGUACAGACAGACAGAGUCCCUCCCCCUCCUCUACCCCCUGGCCUUCCUUGACUUACCCUUCCAGCUUCAGACCCCUUCCCCACCAGGCUAGGCCCCCACUGGGGGACCCGCUGGCCCCUCUUUUGUCUUCUGUGAAGACAGGACCUAUGCAACGCACAGACACUUUUGGAGAUCGUGAGACAACAAUGCCCCGCCCCUCCAGCCCUGGGCGGGGACUCAGCUCCCAGGCCCUCACCCUGCCCACCCUCUGUGGUCCCCACCCAUCCUCCUGGCCUUUUUCAAGUGCUUUGGCUGUGACUUUCAUACUCUGCUCUUAGUCUAAAAAAAAUAAACUGGAGAUAAAAAUAA